GUUUUUUUUAAUAAUCCAUGAACUGCUAUUUCUGAUCCCAGAUUAGAGCAAUGCUUAUAAAAUGGUUUUGAUCAAAUUCACAAAUGCUCCGUGUUCACUUUGAGGGACUUUCUUCAGACUAGGACUAAACCGAUUCAUGGCUUAUGUCCAUCAAGAUCUAUACGUGAUCGAUUUACUAUAAUCAAAGGUCCCAAAAUGUUAAAAGAUAUAACUAUACUUGGACACAUGCCUGGUGCUGCUAUAAUCAUAAGCAUGUUAGACCAAGAUGAAAUACAGUGCUUUGUUUUGUCCUAGUGAAUACAAUCACACCGCUGUUCAUUGCACUAUAGAGGAGGAUACAGCAAAAAGAAACAUGAUAUUUCAAUUUUUAUCGUGCACUCUGUUAGACCAUUAAGCCCAGGGGCUAAUGGCUUCAUAAGUGGCCUGUAACAUGUAAAAAAGUUUCCAAAUUCAAGAUCCAUGGAUUCGGGGACGUUUUCGGACCGGAUCAAGAUUUAACUGUGAUUACGUCGGUAAUUUAUUUAUUAUGCAUAGUAUAGUGUGAAACAGGUUGGCGAGAGUUUCGGUGGGUCUAUUUGACAUAUGUGCUGAUGAUUCUCCAAAAGUUUAGUGGGAAUCAAAUGGCUAUAAUGGUUUUUGUUUUUUUUUUCCCGGGAAAAAUGUGUCAAUUUUUAGCUGGACUUGCGACACAGAUAAUCAAAGGGAUUGGUAUGUAAUCACGUAUAUAAUUGCUAUAGUAUCCUCCUUUCGUUUCAUACAGAAAUAAUGUACUGUUAUUGUGUAUAUUAUUUAAAUAAUAAAAAUAAUUACUUCUAAACAGAAAAUAAAUAUAGGGUUAAUUAGGUGAAUAUACAAAUUCUGUAAUGAAAUUGGCAAACUGGGUACAUUUUAAAAGUAAACAGAAAAUAAAAUUUGAAAAGUAAACAGAUCUUAUUUAUAUGGAUCUAUUUGUCUAUCAUGAAUCAUGAUAAUAGACAAAAUAAUAGCCUGUCAACAGUCCAUAUUUAUAAACUGUGAUUUAUUAUUAUAUAUCUAGUGUUUUUUCUUCAUGCAAACCAGUCUUCUGAAAAAACUGAAAUUCACCGAUUUGUCUUAAUAGCGCCUCACAUGAUAUAGGAGAUGGUGUGUAUUGUAGCAUCGAUAUUUGGAAUAAUAUUGCAACUAGUUCAUUUUCAAUUAAAGAAAAUAUAUUGCAAGUAGUAGUAAUUUUUUUUCUUUUAUAAAAAAAGGAGAAAAGUAGUUAGUAGCAUAUACGUGGGAAAGAGAUAAAUAUAGAAAGAGCAUUUACGUCAUGAAUGAUGUCAGGCUCUGUUCAGAUUCAUUGAUUCUGAAAAGAAUGCAAACGAAGGAAUAGGAGACAAUUCCACCAUCCCUGGCGCUGUCGAAAAUUAAUUUUGACUUGUUUCUUGCUCAUGAAGCAAAUCAGAUUCACGUGCUUCCCCAGCUAGCAUAUUAGCGCAAAGAUUUGGGGAAUUCGAUUUCUUUCUUUAACACAAGUUGGAUAUAGUAUAACACAAGUAUGUGCAUAUGCUUUACAGCCGUUGUCAAAACGCAAAUUAUGAUUACAAACCUUACUAAUAAGAAAUGGAAUUUUUGCACUUGUCAUAGUCACAGCUAAUGCGAGCCAGAAAGUCAACAAUAACACAUGGACGAAAAUUACAAUCAUUAAACGCUUUUUUGGUAUUGAUUUAUUUGUGGUAUACAGUACAUAUAUAUAUAUAUAUAUUUUUUUUAUUUUAUUUUUUUCUUCUAAUAAUAGUGUUUUAAUCCAUAGCUGGGAGAGUUUUGAAACAAAAAUUAGUGAAACUAGUGAUUCUCUCUCUGGUCACAGAUAGUAAUCUUUUUCUUUUCUUUUUGUCUUUUUUUUCACAGCUAGUAAUCGGUACAUGUAUGCACAGACAAAUACGUACUUAUGAAUUAGGAGGACACAUGCAGGCCGCUAACAACAUAGCUAAUGGGAUCUUAGAGAUCAAUUUAGUAAUAAUCAAUGGGCAGACUAUAAAAAUAUCAAACGGUCCUGCGUAUCAAAACUUUAUGUUAAAUAAUAGAGUUGUAGUUGAACAAAACAGCUAGAUUACUAUUUACUACUACUACUCGCUAUUAUAACUCGUUUUUAAAAUGUAUGUUAUACGAAAAGAUUUGGUCAGCAUUAUCACACAAAGAACGGGCAGAAAAAAUAAUAAUUUAAAGUAAGACUAGAACAAAAUAUCUUACGCAUUCUCUCAAGAACUUGAACAAAAUCAAAGAGUAUUAUAUUUAGAUCCAUAAGACCAUAUUUAUUAACUGAAUUUCUAACUAUUAUAUGUUUGACAUCCAUUAAUUUUCUCUUAUCUUGAGCAAGUCACGGCUUGGUCGUCAAGAAAUAAAAACAGUGCAUAUAUAAAAACUCACAUGAGUCUUUCACAAACUCCAAUACCAACUAUAUAUUAAUAUAAAAAGAUAUAAGCAUAGAGAUCUCUGCACAUUCUUCGACAGUUUAUACGGCAGACACCAAAAGAGUCUCUAAACCCUUUUUCACUUUUCAGCUUCUUCUUGAUCCUGUUCAAGUUCUGUGUUUUGUGUGGACAGAAGCUUCUGUGAAGCCUAGUUGUAUUGACAGGACAGAUCUUGGUUCAGGUUUCAUCAUUUUGUCAGAUGUUCUUGAAUAAAACAAGAAAGGCAGAUCUUUAGGGUCUUCUCAUGUUUGGAUCAUAAGGACACUGUGGAAAGUCUAAUGGCUUCAGAGAGCGGCUUAAACGGAGAUGGAAAUAUAGUAGAAGAUGUUUCUGAGACCAAAAGAAGCAGAGAAGAAGACAAAGAAGUUAAGAAAACAGAGAAGAAGGAAGAACAUGAGAAAACCAAAACGGUGCCAUUUUACAAGCUAUUUGCCUUUGCAGAUUCCUUUGAUAUCCUCUUGAUGAUCCUCGGGACGCUUGGAUCUAUUGGAAACGGUCUCGGCUUCCCUAUUAUGACCGUACUGUUCGGAGAUCUUAUAGAUGCCUUUGGCCAGAAUCAGAACGAUUCAAAUGUUUCCGACAAAGUCUCCAAAGUAGCUCUGAAGUUUGUAUGGCUUGGAAUCGGUACUUUUGCGGCUGCUUUCCUCCAGUUGUCUGGUUGGAUGAUAUCUGGAGAGAGACAAGCAGCAAGAAUAAGAAGCAUGUAUCUAAAGACAAUAUUAAGACAAGAUAUAGCCUUUUUCGACGUCGAUACAAACACCGGUGAAGUUGUUGGAAGAAUGUCCGGUGACACUGUACUAAUCCAAGACGCUAUGGGAGAAAAGGUGGGGAAAGCUAUACAACUUCUAUCAACAUUUGUUGGAGGCUUUGUGAUAGCUUUCUUAAAAGGAUGGCUGCUAACACUAGUCAUGUUGUCUUCAAUUCCACUUCUUGUAAUGGCCGGUGCUGGUUUAGCUAUUGUCAUUGCUAAGACAGCUUCUCGUGGACAAACCGCUUAUGCCAACGCUGCUGUUGUAGUUGAGCAAACAAUCGGUUCCAUAAGAACGGUUGCAUCAUUUACCGGAGAGAAACAAGCCAUAAACAACUACAACAAACAUCUUCUCACUGCUUAUAAAGCAGGAGUCAUUGAAGGUGGUUCAACUGGACUGGGACUUGGAACACUCUUUCUUGUAAUCUUUUGUAGCUACGCUUUAGCGGUUUGGUAUGGAGGAAAGUUGAUUUUGGACAAAGGGUACACAGGAGGACAAGUUCUCAACAUCAUCAUCUCUGUUUUAACUGGAUCCAUGUCGUUAGGCCAAGCAUCUCCUUGCUUAAGCGCGUUUGCAGCUGGACAAGCCGCGGCUUACAAGAUGUUUGAGACAAUAGAGAGAAGACCUGACAUUGAUUCCUAUAGUACAAAUGGAAAAGUGUUGGAUGACAUCAAAGGAGACAUUGAGCUUAAGGAUGUCUACUUCACUUACCCUGCGAGGCCCGAUGAGCAGAUUUUUCACGGUUUUUCGCUGUUUAUCUCGAGUGGUACAACCGUGGCUUUAGUUGGACAGAGUGGGAGUGGGAAGUCUACCGUUGUGAGUCUAAUAGAAAGGUUUUAUGAUCCGCAAGCCGGUGAAAUUAUCAUAGAUGGUGUUAACCUAAAAGAGUUCCAGCUCAAAUGGAUCAGAAGCAAGAUUGGACUUGUGAGUCAAGAACCGGUUCUCUUCACUUCAAGCAUCAAGGACAACAUUGCCUACGGUAAAGAAGACGCUACAAUAGAAGAGAUCAAAGCAGCUGCAGAGCUUGCAAACGCUUCCAAGUUUGUUGACAAGCUCCCUCAGGGUUUGGACACAAUGGUUGGAGAGCACGGCACUCAGCUUUCAGGAGGGCAGAAACAGAGGAUCGCUGUAGCCAGAGCCAUUCUAAAAGAUCCGAGAAUCUUGCUUUUGGACGAAGCAACAAGCGCGCUUGACGCAGAGUCAGAGAGAGUGGUUCAAGAAGCACUUGACAGAAUCAUGGUUAACCGGACUACGGUUGUAGUUGCUCACCGGUUAAGCACGGUGCGAAACGCGGAUAUGAUCGCUGUGAUCCACCAAGGAAAGAUCGUGGAGAAAGGCUCUCACACGGAGCUGCUCAAGGACCCUGAAGGAGCUUACUCUCAGCUCAUACGUCUUCAAGAAGAGAAGAAAGGUGAAGAGAAUCCAACAGACGAGCAAAAGAUGUCAUCUAUAGAAUCAUUCAAACAUUCUAGUUUGAGAAAAUCAUCUCUAGGAAGGUCACUAAGCAAAGGAGGAUCAUCCAGAGGAAACAGCAGCCGCCACUCUUUCAACAUGUUUGGUUUCCCAUCAGGAGUCGAAGGAAACGACGUCACUCAAGAUCAAGAAGAGGGUACUACAGAAGCUAAGACCAAACCAAAGAAAGUCUCAAUCCGUAGAGUCGCAGCUCUAAACAAACCAGAGAUUCCUGUUCUCAUACUCGGUGCAAUAUCAGCAGCAGCUAACGGAGUUAUACUUCCUUUAUUCGGUAUACUAAUCGCAAGCGUCAUCAAAGCUUUCUUCAAACCGCCUAAGGAGCUUAAAGAGGACACAAGCUUCUGGGCCAUUAUCUUCAUGGCUCUUGGUUUCGCCUCCAUCAUAGCAUACCCAGCGCAGACGUUUUUCUUCGCUAUAGCUGGAUGUAAACUUGUGAAGAGGAUAAGAAGCAUGUGUUUUGAGAAAGUGGUUCACAUGGAAGUUGGAUGGUUCGAUGAGUCUGAGCAUUCUAGUGGAACCAUUGGAGCAAGGCUAUCGGCAGACGCAGCGGCGAUACGCGGUCUAGUGGGAGAUGCUUUGGCUCAAAUGGUUCAGAACUUGUCGUCUAUAUUGGCUGGUUUGAUCAUUGCAUUUUUGGCUUGUUGGCAGUUGGCUUUCGUCGUCCUUGCCAUGCUUCCUCUUAUUGCACUCAAUGGGUUUCUUUACAUGAAGUUCAUGCAAGGUUUCAGCGCUGAUGCAAAGAAAAUGUAUGGGGAAGCAAGCCAGGUGGCGAAUGAUGCGGUUGGGAGCAUAAGAACGGUUGCUUCGUUCUGCGCAGAAGAGAAAGUGAUGAACAUGUACACCAAGAAAUGUGAAGGUCCUAUGAAGACAGGGAUACGCCAAGGCAUAGUCAGUGGUAUUGGUUUCGGAUUUUCCUUCUUUGUACUCUUCGCUUCCUACGCUUGCAGUUUCUACGUGGGAGCACGGCUUGUAGAUGAUGGCAAAACAACCUUCGAUUCUGUUUUCAGAGUUUUCUUCGCUUUGACAAUGGCGGCUAUGGCGAUAUCUCAGUCGAGUUCACUGUCUCCUGACUCAAGCAAAGCUGAUAUUGCUGCUGCUUCAAUUUUUGCUAUUAUAGAUAGAGAGUCCAAGAUUGACCCAAGUGUGGAAUCUGGAAGAGUGUUGGAUACUGUUAAAGGAGACAUUGAGCUUCGUCAUGUUAGUUUCAAAUAUCCAGCAAGACCAGACGUUCAGAUCUUCCAAGAUCUUUGUCUAAGUAUUCGAGCUGGAAAGACCGUUGCCUUGGUUGGAGAAAGCGGGAGCGGGAAAUCAACGGUGAUCGCUUUGCUACAGAGGUUUUACGAUCCAGACUCAGGUGAGAUCACUCUCGACGGUGUAGAGAUCAAGAGCCUGCGACUAAAAUGGCUUAGACAACAAACGGGACUUGUGAGCCAAGAACCGAUUCUGUUUAACGAAACAAUCAGAGCCAACAUUGCUUACGGAAAAGGUGGAGACGCGAGUGAAUCUGAAAUCGUAUCUGCAGCUGAACUAUCAAACGCCCAUGGAUUCAUCAGUGGUCUACAACAGGGUUACGACACGAUGGUGGGAGAAAGAGGGAUUCAGUUAUCGGGUGGGCAAAAGCAACGAGUGGCCAUAGCGAGAGCCAUCGUCAAGGAUCCCAAAGUGUUGCUUCUUGAUGAAGCAACGAGUGCUCUGGACGCUGAGUCUGAACGUGUGGUUCAAGAUGCGCUUGACCGGGUUAUGGUUAACCGGACUACAAUUGUGGUGGCUCACCGGUUAUCGACGAUUAAGAACGCUGAUGUAAUUGCGGUGGUUAAGAACGGAGUUAUCGUGGAGAAAGGGAAGCACGAGAGUUUGAUUAAUAUCAAGGACGGGGUUUACGCUUCGUUAGUGCAGCUUCAUCUGAGUGCAGCUUCUUAA